CGCGAAUGGCCCAUCGUUGGUCUGCAACGUCCUCUGACGUCACAGUCUGACGCGUAACGCUUGAUGAAUAGCUGAGCAACAACACAGACAAGGUCGCCCUAAACUUGGUCACUUAAAUGAAUGGCAUUGAAUUGGCGUAGUUUACCGCCACCACGACGACAGUCACUGCCGAAUAUGGGUAAUUCACAGGGACAGUUGAAGUCGUCGAGGUUUGAAGCGGCUCUACACACAUCGAUUGAGCAUUCAUUACGAUCACACAAUGUUGCUCCACAGCCCGUCUUCUCACAGUUGUAUCUUGAAAAAGAUAUCAAACCACAUGUUUCCGGCCUUGAAAGACGGACAAGUGUUGAAGGAUCUGCCAGAGACAAUUUCCCAAGCAUGCCGAGCAUGCCGCAUCCUCCACCGCCGCAGCCACCGCCGCCUCCUCAGGUCGUCAUUGCCCCGCAUACAUCUCAGGCUCCUGUGGCUUCAUCAGUAAUUCCCCCAUCUCCACAGUCAACAGUUCGGUUACCACCAGCAACAGACCAUGGCAUGGAAGUGUCUAUAUAUCAUCAGCCUGGGUCAUUUCACUCAAUGAUGCGCUACCCACCAACUUUGCCUGUCGGGGGUGGUUGUCAAGAAGUUGGGUUUUGUCAGGCGGGUGGUGAUAUUCGCUUAACUGAACUGAGUGAUAAACAGGUUGACGUACAGGAAGGUUUUGUUUUAAUUGGUACCAAAUCGCCAUACUUGCCAGAAAACAUCCUGGUUGCUGCUGUUGAUACAAGAUUUUUACCUGAUCCAAAAACUAACCUUGCAUUACAAGGUUUCAGUGGUAAUUGUGUUGGCUGUGGGGAAAAAGGAUUCCGUUAUUUUACCGAGUUUUCACACCACAUCAACCUGAAAUUGACAACCCAGCCAAAGAAACAAAAACAUCUGAAGUAUAAUAUCAUAACAAAUAAACAAGGCCAUCUUGUAAGGGGUUCCCCUAUACCUUGGAAAGACUGUCGUCGUGGUAGUUAUACUGGACAUGUGGUGCCCUCUAUAGCAGCCACUAAUGGUAUUCACCAGUCCCCAGGGGUAAAGCAAGGGCCACCACCAUUGCAGCCAAAGACGUUUACUGAUCGGAGCAGCAGUGAGGACAUUGACACAGCACAACCACCAAAGAAAGCGCGACGAUUUAUGUAUGAUGAUGGUGGUGUUCCUAGUAUCAGACACCCUCAGCAAGGUCAUAGAGUGCCACUGCCACCAAAUUUUGUGCCCGCACCUCCUACGGCAACUACCCACGAUUCAGUAUUCAUACAGCCGGGCCUCACCAGCAUUUCCCACACAAAACCAAUCAUCUUGCCUUGCCAUGGCAACAUGCCUUAUCUCCAUGGUAAUGUAGUUGAUGUUGUGAUCAGCCCAUUGUUUUUGGACUGUUUCAAGUUACCUCAGCUACCACCUGCAGUGUUGGACAACUUAGGGCUGCUUGGGGCGCCAAAUUUGAGUGUGGAAACCAUGGCUUUAAUCACUAUACAGUAUCUAGUGCAACUCGGCACCAGAGUUCCUACUCGUGAAGAGCUGGAUGCUUCUUUUCUCAAGGCGCGACUUGAAAGCUGUCCUAAAGAUCGCAGUGUUCAAACUCAACCACCACAGUUUGUAACUGUGGCUCCAGCCCAGUUGCCGUGGUUAGCCAGAAUGGUGGCAUCAACAUCCAAUGGACGAGUCAAGGUGAUUGUACCACAGGUAUCGCUGGCUGAAGGUAUGAAUGAGUCGUUCAGAAUGGUCUGUAACCCACAUCCUACUGUCAGACAACCACUCUAUUUUGUUGUUAUACACGUAUCUAGGCAACGAGGGACAGAAUUUUGUGUCAUAGUAGCAGGUGCUCUGCAGGCACGUGUGCUGGUAGAAGCUAGAUUCUCAAUCCCAGAAUGCUUUAAAGAAAUAAGUUAUCAAAUUAUCACUGGGAAGAUCCACUUGUUGCACACACACUUCAAGAGAAACUGCUCAGAACGAAAUGAUCAUGACACGGCACUUGACAAAUUCUCUAACAAACUUGGUGGCAAAGUAUUUUUACCAUUUGAUGGUACAUAUGAUCAAACUAUUAAAGAAGAAAUAGUUAAUAACAUAAAAUUACUUCCUGUCACUGAUAAAACUCAAGAAGCUUUUAAACUCCACCCUGUGCAAAUUGCUGUUGCUAUGAAGAUACUGUCUCAAGUAUGUGCAAUAGCAGAUUCUGACCAAUUAGCUUUGGACUUAGGACGUUUCAGUAAAGUGGAUUUGAUAAUUAUUACUCCACCCUCAUUGGUUGUCUAUCACCAGUCAAUUGAUCGAUUGGCUCAGUCUGGUCUGUUGAUAGAUCUUGGAUUGGAAGAGAUAUCUAACCCCAAAAUUGCUGAGAAGUAUAUUAUGAGAUGUGAUAAGACAACUGACAGUCAAACCAAAUUUGAGACUUUUCUGCACAGAGUCAAACACUUUCCGUACACUCUUUUUGUCGUUAUUCAAGAUCAAGCGCAUAUAGAUAUAAACAGACAUUCCUAUGGAGCUCAACCGUUAGGGCUUGCUGACAGAUAUGUUAAUUGUCCAGACAUUUUGGAAAGUCCCAAUGUACUAACCCUUCAAGUCACUCCAACACCGUAUGUACUACAGACAAAGAAGACCCGUUUGAGUCCACUAAAUGAAAUAUACAUGCCGACCACUGUCAACCAGAUGACAAAUGUACCACCACCAGAAAAGGUUUACUUUGGUCUCCAUGACUACAUCAAAACAACUGAAUGGACUGGUCGACUGCCGUUACUUCGCUAUGAUGAUGAUUUUGAAAAUGCUGCCAAUGCCUUGCUUGCUUCAUACCCACGCCUACACAGUCUGGUCAUUCGUACAUAUCUAUUGGUACGCCAGUAUGCCGCGGCACUAAUGUCACUCUGUGGUAUAGAAGGCGUGAAGCAAGACACAUCAACAGAAACAUUUAAUAUGGUGGAAGAGUUGGUCAAGUGUCCCAUGCAAAAUAAAAACGGCAAAGGAAUCAUGGUAUUGAUUCGAAUACCAUCAAUUCAGUUAGCGUUGUUAGCACAUGAAAGAUUACGAUCUGCACGAGAUAAGUUGGGAUUGCAGUUUCGUUUUGAUGUUCUGUUGAGUUCGAUGACGACUGAGUUUACCCUUGAUGAUCAUUUUCUUAGUAGAUUACAGGCAUGGCAAGGAGCUGAGUCUAACUGGCAACCUAAAACAUAUGAAGACUUAAAUGAUCUGCCUUGUAUCAUGAUACUAUCAGGUCAACAUACUGCAGGUGAAACAUGGCCACGGUCUCUAAGGUUCUAUGACAUACGUUUAGUCAACAAUGGUGCCUUGGAUCGCACCACGGUGGAGCAAGAAAUCGGGUUAGUGUGUCAAUACAUUGACGUCGAUAGCGUACGUGAUGCUAUCACAGUGUGUGAAUUGAGUGAGGAAGAAGAUAGUGAUACAGAUGAUACAGAAGGUGAAGAUAAUGAGAUGGAACCAGCAACACCGACUCAACUACCUGGACCACCAGCAUUGGAGCCAAUUAAGACCCCAAAUAUGGAUGGUGAAACUGCACGUAUGGAUGCUAUGUCUGUCCACUCAGAAAGACAAUUAUAUAUUUCUGUAGAUAAAAAUUACAAAUUUAUGUCCGAUGGCAACAGUAGCGCAAAAUCUUCAUCAAAACAGACAGUUGAUAUGUUUUUGCAACCAAGUAGUAGAGUAUCCUCCCCUGCUGCAGUAAACACUAGCCGGCUGAACAUAGCUGAAACUCUACCUGGAAGUAAUAAUGUACAUGAUGAUCCAUAUAAUGUACCUUCAAUGCUGAAAAUUGAUAUGGAUGAUGAUGAUGACACUGACAUUGAAUCAGGUCUACAUAAUACAAGCAGUACUCUUCCUUCGCUGUCCCCACCCGUUGUUGUUAUCUCAAGAAUGGCAUAUGCAGUAUUGAAACCUGAUCUGCAUCCUUCUGUAGAUCGGUUGACAUUCGAAAACUUACCGCCGAGUCGCGAUAGCACCUGGGUUUCUUCAGUACGCCCACCACUUGUUACCACAGUGACAAAUGAAGUGAAAAGUAUGUUUUAUCGGCAGUGGAUUGACCCAAAGAAUUAUCACUAUGACUACGAAAGGAAAAUAGAGAGUACCACACAAGCACAACAUCACCCCAGACGGCUACUUUUGAGUGGGCCACAUCAGGUUGGCAAGACAGGUGCUUUCCUCCAUUUUGCCAGAGUGCUAUCCCGUAUGCUAAUAAGGUUACAGGAAGUGGAAGUGUAUGAUGAGGAAGAGGUUAAUGUUAUUCCUGCACUACCAAGUAUUAUGCAACCAUCGCCAUCAAGCCCAAUGGCAAAGUGGCCAGACUUUGAACUUGUCUCACAGAUUGCUUUUGAUUCCGCUAUACAUCAAAGAAAACUUUCACAUUGUAGUCCUAUAAGUGGGUCCUCCAUGGAGCCGCUAAAUGUUACUGGACCAGUUGAGAGGCCGACAACCUCCAUGAUGAUGUCACAGUUCAGUGCGCACAAUGCCUUCCAUCACUGUGAACAGUGUCAACAUUAUAAAGACAUUCCCAUUCCAGAGGCUCAACUUGCUCGCACUCAUCGGUUUACAUUUACUUCAACUAUGUAUGGUGAGGACCUGGAGAUGCAGUUUGUGAUUCCACCACAACAAGAAAAACAUUUUGUUUUUAAUCACUCAACCGGUCAGCUAGAAAGUAUGGUACUGCCGACUGUUAGCGAAAAGGGACCAAAUGCUGUUAAGACACCAAUCUUCACUCCAUCCAGUGGUCGUCAUGAGCACGGUCUAAUUAAUCUAUUCCACGCAAUGGGAGGCGCCAAGCAUCUACAUAUCCUAGUUGUAAAACAAAGUGAAAUGGCACUAUACAAGAAACAAUGGCCGAAUCAUAUACUUCUGAUUCUGCCACUGGUCGCCAAUGAUUGUGGAAUUGGGGCUGCAAGGUUUUUCAUCAAGGAGUUAGCCUAUCACAAUCUGGAAUUGGAACGUAAUCGACAGCAAGAGCUUGGAAUUCGACGUCAGGACGUCUGGCCGUUUAUAUUGAUGUUGGAUGACUCGUGCGUGAUGUGGCAUUGCCAUGACGAAAAUAAAGCGGAAGAUGGGUAAGUUUAAGAGGAAAUCACACAAAGAAAAAAUACUUGGUAAUACACACUGGUGACUCUUAAACAUGUACUCGAGCAUAUUGAAUCCACUCCUAAGUUAUCACGAUUUGCGGUGUUUGGAACUCGCCAAUGGACAAGUAAGAGUACACUCAAUGUUAUGGAGCAGAGCUUUUCUAGGUGUCAUGUACAUACCAUGUUCUUUGUCAAUGUGGACCUCACACAGAAUGUACAAUUUGAUCAGAACCGGUACUUCUGUGAUGAUGUUGAUUUCAAUCUUAGAAUCAACAGCAGUGGGUUUGUAAUCUGUCGCUUUAAUCGAUUCUCCUUCAUGAAGAAACACAUCAACAUUGGUGGACAGAAAGAUUUUGUCAUUCGACCAAAAGUUGGCACCAACACCGAUCCUGUAUCACCACAGCAUUUUGUAUGUGCCCCAGACAGCGAGGACAUGACGCCUUUGCUGUGUACACCACAGUUUCUGCUGGAGAAGUACCUGUCAUGUGUCAGUGCUGAGAGACUAUUUCCACUGGCUGCAGGACAGCCCAAGCACCCACUGCUUCUUGUUGACUAUUAUCUGGACUUAGGUCCAUCUAUCACAGUCCAUUGUGUGAGUUCUCGUCCUCAUUCAGUAAAUGCCGAUGGUGGUAGUUUGACAUUCAGUGGUCUUCUAUUGUACAUGGUGGACUCGUUCGUGAGAGCAGACUUCUUGAAGCAAUUCAAAUUCAUGACAGGUGCUAAGCUAUGCCUUAUUAGUCCUGAUCGUAACAGUCUUCGACGACAGGUGGUACGUUUGGAUCUUGAAGAUCAGUGGCGUUUUCGUCUUCGUGAUGAGUUUCAAACCGCCAACAGUAAUGAAGACAAACCAUUGUUUUUGCUGACUGGCACACAUGUUCCUGUAUGAGACUGAUUGAUGGAUGGCAGGACAGAAAGACAGACAGACAGGUUCUUCUGAAAGUUCAGCCUUUUCUGCUUGACUCCCUUUCUUGUAGUGAGUAAGGAUGUUGACUAGAUAUUCAGUGAUUCCAGUCUUUUUGAUUGCAUUAUUUCCUUAUUGCUAGCCUCAAAGGAGGUGCUGUUCAUUAAUUCUUGCGUCCUGAUGGCACUGUUUCUUUAUUGUUAGCUUCUAAAAGGUACUGUUCCAUUAAUUCUACCCUCCUCAUUGCACUGUUCCCUUGUUACUGGUCUCUAGAAGUGCUGUUUUUAUAUUGACUAAUUGAAGAGGGCACAAUUCAGUAGUUCCAAUUUCAAGGGAGGCACUGUUUCAUUCAUGCCAGCCAUUGGAAGGAAGGUGCUUUAUUACCAGCAGCUAGUAAUAUUCACAGACUACAUCUUAUUGCAUUGUUUUCUUUCUGCCAAACUACUUGCCCACCUAUUCAGAUACUACUGAUAAAACGCCAGUGUCACGUAUACAGUGCAUUUUUUUGUUAUGAAAAUCAUAUUCCAUGAGGUUUUUGACACUUUUCAGCUGGUCCUGGUUGAACACAAACACCUGCAAACCUUAAACCAAAGUGAAAUCCGGAGUGAACGAAUCUUACCCAGUCAAUUUGGCCUUUUCAUCACCCAUGGUGAUACAAGUCAAUAACUCCUUUUUGAUAUCCUCCCCCAGUGAUUAUAACUUUGGAUUAUGCAACUGAUUUUGUACCUUGCACUACAAGUUAGCAUACUGUGAAUGAAUUUAUUUAGCUGUAAUUAAUUUUACUCACAAUUUAUUUGUCAUACUGUAAACAGCCUAUUUUUACUACCAGGAAUUUUAGCAAUUUAAUUUUGUCGUUAGAACAAAAUUUUGUGAAAGUCAUUGACUUGAAAACAAAUUGCUUCUUGCCAAAAUCCAGACAGUUUACAGUAUAGUUGCCUGUAGGUAUAUGUAAACAAUUUGUUUUUAUUUGUACUGGUCAGUGAAAAUAAAUUCCAAGUGAAAAUAAGCAUUAUAUGGUAUUAUUGCAUGCAUACAUUUGAUUCAAUUUAGGGGAAUGUUUCUGGUAGGUUUAUCAUUGUAGGUCAUUGUCUGUUACUAGAUAACUAUUUUCUUUCGUCAACUGUUGAGGCUGACUUCUGAUCCGGUUGGGGUGGGAGUGGGGGUGAUUUGUAAAUUUACAUAUUCAUGCUGCAUUUUUUCUGCACUUUUAUAAAGUUAUCACAUAAGUGGCUGUGACAUUUAUUUCCCUUUUAAAGGGAUAAGGCUCAGUAUAACUCAAACACAUAUGGGACAUUGACAAUCUGCAUAAAAUCCAUCAUAAUUUGCUUUGGAAAUUCUAAAUUGUCUACAAGUUUCAAUUUUCACUUCAUUUGGGAUACUUUCUUUAAUUUAAAAUUAAAUAACCUGUUCUAUGCACACACAGUGUGAAUUUGGAUAGACUCUGGAUUUUAAAAUUUUGUAUUUUUUAGGUUUUUUCACUUUAUUGAGCUGUAUAUUGUGUACAAUAAACAGUUCUUUCUUAGGGAAAUUUAGAAUUGUAUAUUCUUCAAAAGAAUAAGGUCAGUUGCUGCAUUAUUUUUUUUAAUAGUGAAAGUUGAUUUUUUUGCAUAUUAAUUACAGUAAAUUAAUUAUGCUAAUUACUCUUCAAUGUCAGAUAGAGGGCACUGUUCACAAAGAUAGAGGGCACUGUUUACAAGUCAUUAUUUUCAAGAAAAUUAUUCUCCACAGUUGUUUUAUUUAUAACUGAUGUAACAUGCAGGUUGAUUAUGAUAUUCUUUGUUCAGCCCAGAACAAAGCAAAUGUCCAAAUAAUCACAGAAUCUGGUGGUUCAAAACUGUCACCAGUAAAAGGGCAUGUACCAUAAUUAUUAAGUGUAUUUUUAAUUCAGGUUUACUAUUUAAAGGAGAGGUCACAAAUUCUUAACAAUUACUUUCACAGCAAUACUGUAGAAUACUUUAUUUUCACUUGGAAUUAAUUUUCGUUUUUUUCACUGAAGGAAAGAUUCAGUGAAAAUAAAAUCCAGAGAAUAUAUUUCCUAUAGUUUACAUUCAACUCUUCAAAAAUCGGUGAAAAUAAAUUCCCUACAAAACACCCAAAAAGUCCUUUCAGUGAAAAUUAAUUCCAGCUAAAAUAAAGUAUUUAACAAUAUAUUGCAUCUUUUUGCCAAGGCACAGCGUUGGAGGAACCUUCUGUAAAUCGAUUCAACUUUAAAACUAUGGUAGAUAAAUAUUUUUGUCUCGCUUAAAAAAAAAGAACAUACCAACAACUUUAGGUUUCUGUUAGUAAUGUGGCUGUUCAAAUAGACAACACAAUAAACCCCACCCACCUACAUGACUUGGUGUACUUUUGGCAAACGAUAUCUAAAAAAAACAUAUAUUUUUUUUUAUUCCAAUAUGCUUUUUUGGAUGAAUGAUGUAGUUUUGUAUUUUGCCCUAAUAUGUAGAUAUUGUCCCAAAAGAUAUCGUUAUUGCCACUUAGAUGAACGUUUUAAUGAUUGUAGCAGUCAAACUGCACGAUUUUCUGUAGAAUUAUUAAAUUAACAAAUGAUGUUUUUCACAAUAUUUCUUUAAGAUAAAUUGUGAUCAACCUUUAUGUGACGUGAGCAAACUUAAGACAAUAUAUUCAUCAAUAUAAAAUAAUACAGUUAUUAGAUUCAUGCAUACACAUAAACAUAUAAUCAAGGUUGUGUUCUGAUUGGAUAAAAUUCCAAUGUCCCAUGUGGUAGUCAUUGCAUACAUUUGAAUAUAUAAUUAAGGUUAUGUACUAGUUGGAUGAAAUAACAAUGUCCCAGGUGAUAGUCAUUUCUAUGCAUUUGUGUGGGACUUUAGCGAACUAUUUACAGUGAUGUAACCCUAAGAAGAGUACAAGCUUUUGUUUUUACUUUCAACAGUUUAUAUUGAUAUUUGUAAUAGGUGUAACUGGGUGUAGAAAAAUUAUGGAGAAUUUUUUGCUUUUUGGAUUAUUAAUAAAAUAUUGCUCUUUGUA